AUGGUCGUGCACUCGGUGCCCGCCGAAGUCACCGUGAAAGGUACCACUACCCCGAUUGCUUUCGUGAAGGACAUUUUAUUUCCUUACAUCAGAGAAAAUGUUCAGGAGUAUCUGCAGACCCACUGGGAAGAAGAGGAGUGCCAGCAGGAUGUCAGCCUUUUGAGGAAACAGGCGGAAGAGGACUGGCAGCUGGAUGGGGCCGUCCCCAUCCCGGCCGCCGGGGGCAGCGGGGGCGAGGAGCCCGCACAGCUGAUGCAGGCGGUGGUGGAUAACGUGUGCUGGCAGAUGUCCCUGGACCGGAAGAGCACGGCGCUGAAGCAGCUGCAGGGCCACAUGUGGAGGGCGGCCUUCACGGCCGGCCACGUGAAAGCAGAGUUCUUUGAAGAUGUAGUUCCGGCAGUCAAGAAAUGGAGAGAGGCCGGGAUGAAGGUGUAUGUCUAUUCUUCAGGGAGUGUCGAGGCACAGAAACUAUUUGGGCAUUCUACAGAGGGUGAUAUUCUUGAGCUCGUUGACGGCCACUUUGACACCAAGAUCGGACACAAGGUGGAGAGCGAGAGUUACCGGAAGAUCGCAGACAGCGUCGGUUGCUCCACCAACAACAUCUUGUUUCUGACGGACGUCACUGGAGAGGCCAGCGCGGCCGAGGCUGCCGACGUGCACGUGGCCGUGGUGGUGCGACCGGGCAACGCGGGCGUGACGGACGACGAGAAGACCUACCACCGCCUCACCACGUCCUUCAGCGAGCUGGCGCUGCCCGCCUCCGCCUAGCCCCGCGCCGGGGGGCACCGAGAUCACAGCCAUGCACACGCGUGUGUCCCAGUGUCCGUGCCUGUACAUAUAUGUGUGUGUGUCCACAUUGCCUUUCAGAGUCACAUACGUGAGAAGAAGA